GAGCGUGCGCGGCCGAGGCCCGCCGCGGCGCUGUGCGGUUCCGGCGUCCGGGCCCGGCAUGGCGGGGGUCGGGGCCAGGCCGGGCCGGACCCGGACCUAAAUGCCUCUAUUUCUCUCCGCGCUGUUGGUCUUGCUGCUGGUUGCGCUUAGCGCACUCUUCCUAGGCCGGUGGCUUGUGGUCCGGUUGGCCACCAGGUGGUGUCAGCGGAAGUUGCAGGCAGAGCUAAAGAUUGGCUCCUUCCGAUUCUUUUGGAUCCAAAAUGUCAGUCUUAAGUUUCAGCAGCACCAGCAGACGGUGGAAAUUGACAACUUGUGGAUUUCUAGCAAACUCCUUAGCCAUGACCUGCCACACUAUGUGGCACUGUGCUUUGGAGAAGUCCGCAUCCGAACAGACCUACAGAAGGUUUCUAGCCUGUCUGCCCCAUUCCCUCAGAAGACGGAGGCGGAGCCAAAGGAGCUGUCCCUUAGCCCAUCCUUGUUGAAGAUCUUCUGCCAACUUUUCUCCAUUCACGUAGAUGCCGUAAACAUCAUGGUUCUUAAGGUGGCCACCUCUGAGUCCUUGUGGCAUGUCCAGAUCAGCAGAAGCAGACUUCUUUUGGACAGUGACGGGAAGAGUCUCAUCUGUGAAGUGAACCUAUCAAAGAUCAACAGCAAAGUUCUGAAGAGUGGUCAGCUGGAGGACACGUGCCUGGUAGAGCUCUCGCUGGCCCUGGCCCUGUGUCUCCAGGUGAGCAUCAGCACUUGGCAUCUGAAGGCUGUCACUGUGGAUGUGUGGACACUCCAUGCUGAACUACAUGAGGGUCUCUUCCACAAUCAGCUGCUCUGUCAGGCCCCAGCCCGGAUAUCCAAAUCUGUUUCUUGUUCAGAUUUGACAGAGGACUUUGCUGAACCAACUCUGCCUGGCCUAUACCUCCUGCAGCAGCUGCCAGACCAGGUCAGGGUGAAGAUGGAGACCACAAGUGUGGUGCUGUCGAUGAAUAGUCAGAAACGGCACCUGACUUGGACACUGAAGCUACUACAUUUCUGGUACCACCGUGAUGAGGAUCAGCUGCCCCUUCGGAGCUUCACAGCCAACUAUGAUAUGGCACAGAUGAGCACUGAGCUCCUUCUAGAAGAUGGGUUGUUGCUGUCCCAGAGUCGCCAGAGGAUUGUCUGCCUGAACUCCCUGAAGGCCAAUGUGCAGGUAACCACCAUUGACCUCUCGGCAUCUGUCGUUUUGAACACUUGUAUCAUUCACUACCGACACCAGGAAUUCUCUCACUGGCUGCUUAUGUUAGCAUUGGAGACUCAGGGAACAAGUUCAUCUGAUAGUACGCAAAGGAAAAAAAGGUGAGUUUUAAGUCACCAUC